UAAAAAUAAAAAAGAAGCAAAUAGAGGUAGCGUCAAUUAAGGGAUCUAGCUAUUACCUUGAGUGAUAAGUAAGUGCAUUUUAAGUAGUGGCACAUUUAAGUGCAUAUUUUUCAUCGAAGUGAGCAAUUUCUGCUGGAAUUGUACGUAAAGAUGUAUGAUCCCAUAUUUGCAAAAAGCUUUAGCAAAUUUGAGCGCAAAAGAUUUGGGUUUUGUGCAUUCUCCAUAAGCUUGAUCGUUGCAUUGAGCAUUUACUCGACUUUCAAGCCUUGUUUGCAUCCCUUAUCGAUCCUUGGCGAUGCUGUGAAUUUGCAAUUGUCAAUUGAUGCCAUUGAGGACAAGCUUGGAUUUAAUAAUACAGCAAUUGAAAAGACGGAAGUUGAGCCAAUAUACUGCAUUUUAAAACCAAUGGCAGACUGUUGUAAAAUUGAAGGGGACGUAAGGAUUCGAGCGAAUUCUUCCACCGUGUUUUUUGUCACGUCUGGUAUAAACGUCUCAGCUGGAAACAAUUCUUGGCGAGUUCAACCUUACGCGAGAAAGGUGAAUUUAGGGGCAAUGAAGCGUGUUAAGAACUGGACAGUCACAUUAGCAAAUAAUAAGGACGACAUUCCAAUGUGUACUAAAAAUCAUAGUUUUCCAGCCAUCCUUUUCUCAGUUGGAGGAUAUUCAGGUAACCAUUUCCAUGAUUUCUCAGAUUUGGUGAUUCCAAUAUAUUCGACAUCGUUGAGGUUCAAAAGGGACGUACAUUUUCUUACGACUGACACAAAACCGUGGUGGGUAUCAAAAUUCCGAGGAUUGCUUAACAAACUAUCCCGACAUGAGAUCGUCGACAUAGAUGAAGGAAAAGAAGUACAUUGCUAUACAAAAGUCGUCGUUGGCCUUAAAUUUUACAAAGAGCUUAAAAUCAAUCCAUCAAAAUCUCGAAAUAAUGAAUUGUCGAUGUACAACUUUAGACAGUUCCUUCGACAAACUUACUCACUCGAGAGAGGAAAGGCGAUCAAGUUGAAGAAGGGGGAGAAGAAAAAGCCUCGUUUGAUGAUUAUAUCGAGGAAAAAGACUCGUUUGGUAACAAACGUCGCUGAAAUAACUCGACUGGCUCGCAAACUGGGAUUUGAAGUUAUUGUAGACGAGGCUAAUCAUUCGACAAACCUUUCAAAAUUUGCACAAAUAGUGAAUUCUUGUGAUGUACUAAUGGGAGUUCAUGGAGCUGGUUUAACAAACAUGGUUUUUCUCCCGGAUAACGCGGUUUUAAUCCAAAUAAUUCCGUUCGGAGGCAUUGAUAAAUUUGCUAGAACAGAUUUUGGAGAACCAUCUGAUGGUAUGAACUUAAAGUACUUGGAAUACAAGAUUAAGAUUACAGAGAGUUCUUUAAGUAAACGGUAUCCGUUGGAUCAUCCAGUUAUUAAAGAUGCAAUAUCUCUUCGUAUCAAGGGUUGGGAUGCUCUUAAUAAAAUAUACUUGGAUCAGCAAAAUGUGACAAUUGAUUUGCAUAGGUUUAAAGGAACACUGGCUACAGCUAUGGAGAUUUUACACCAUUAGCUUGAAUUCCAUGUUAUGUACUUAUUUCUUUUUGCUUUUAUGUUUUCUUUUCAAUUAUCUAUUCAUAUAGAAAAGAGCUGGUUAUGUAAUCUUGGUUUCCCACUACAUCUUAUAUAUGUUACUUCUUAUGUUGUGAUAUGAUCAUUUUUACACCUCUA